AUGCCUAAACGUGGUUCAAAACAGUCGACUAUUCAGAAGAAUAAGUCAAGUAAGAAGAAAGGCUUCAGGGGAGUUCAAAAACAAACUGUUUUGAAAGCAAAAACGCGUGAUCAGACUGAAACUGUUGCUGUCACAUUUGUUGGCGAAGAGGAUGUUGUAAGUGAAAGAAUUCCUCCACCCAAAACUCCAGCUUCUUCGCGGAAACUAGGUGUCCAAGAACAGGAAUCAUCUGAUUCGGAGAGUUAUGAAUUUGAGGAGGAAGUAAAAGGGUAUCGGUUUGUUUCUAUGGACAGUUUGUUGAAGUUUGUUCGUAGGAUUCACUCACGUGGACCAUGUGCUUCAGGUGUGUUAUAUAAUAUUUUUAAUUUUUUAUAAUAUUUUUAAUUUUUCUUUAUUUUCGAGCACACAGUGUUUGUCUGUGACUAUACUAUAGUGUCUUACAUAGAACUAUUUUAUUUUAGGCAAUGUUAAGCUCAUUGAGAGAAGCAUUGAGAGAUUUGGUCUCAGCAGUUCUUUGUUUGCAAAGUGUUAUGAGUGUGGCAUGGAGGAAUUUAUGGCUACAGGAGAGCAUGAUGGUGAUCAAGAGACCUCGAGAACCAUCCAGGGUAAAGAUAUCCAUAGACGAGUAGUUUAUGCUGCCUUUGAGAUGGGAAUUGGUAGAGAAGGGGUGGCUAAGCUAUGUGAAAUCCUCAACAUGCCAUUCAGCAUUUCCAUAGACACUUGGUAUAACCAUGAGGGAAUUCUUCAUGCUGCACACGACAAAGUCACCAAGGAGCAGCUUAAAGCCAAUGCGAAUGAAGCAAAACAGGUUGCAAUAGAUGAAGGAACCUCAAGAAAUGAUAACAGUUCUCUUGUUGAUAUCCCUGUCACCUUUGAUAGCACUUGGUCGAAGAGGGGUUUUACUGCUAAUCAUUGUGUUGGCUUCGUAAUAUCAGCAGCAACAGGAAAGGUUUUAGAUUUGGAAGUCAUUUCCAAAACAUGCAAUCAAUGCUCUCAAAUGCAAGCUAGAUUGGAUAAAGAGACAUUUGAUGAGUGGUUUGCAGAGCAUGAGUGUGAUGGCUCCUAUAAAGGCUCCAGUCCUAGCAUGGAGAUGGAAUGCGCAAAGAGAUUGUGGGGGCGCAGCAUCGAUUAUAAUUUGCGCUAUAACUUUAUGAUCACUGAUGGUGACUCUAAGUCCUAUAGUGCUGUGUGGAAUAUUUAUGGUGCCUGUGAUACCUGCAAUGAGUAUGAAGUACUUGAACAUACUGACAAGAAAUAUAUCUCUUGGAAAGAGUCGCCUGAUUAUAUCAAGUGGGAGGACAAGCACCUGCAAGGAACAGCUGACUGCAAUCGCGUCUUCAAGCUGGACUGCAUAGGUCAUGUCCAGAAAAGACUGGGCAAGGCCUUAUAUGAAUAUCAAAGGAAUGCUACAAAGAUGGCAGAUGGAAAGUCUGUCAAAGGGAGUAAUGGUAGACUGACUAAGGUUGCCAUUGAAAAACUUAAAACUAAUUAUGGCAAAGCCAUACGCAACAAUGUUAAAACAGGAGCUCUUACAGCAGCACAGAAAGACCAAGCUGUCAAAGAUAUGCAGACAGCCAUCAAAGCUGGACUAUAUCAUUCUCUCAAGAUAGAAGAUAAGGAGAGGCAUCAGUUUUGCCCAAACAAUUCUUGGUGCAAAUUUAAGAAAGGCUUACCCUGCAAAGACAAGCCUCAUCAUCUGGAUGCAGUCUUCAAAGAGCCAUUGCUAAAGAUUUAUGAAAGAUUAAGUGAGCCAGCAUUGUUGCAAAGGUGUUUGCCAGGCUACACAAACAAUGCCAAUGAAUCUAUCAAUUCUCUUGUUUGGAAUAAGUGUCCAAAGCACAAGUGGCAUGGAUCAAAGAGAAUAGGAAUGGCGGCAAAUGCUGCUGCCCUUCAUUUUAGUUGCGGCGCAACUAAGAAACACGAUGUUAUGAGGGAAGCAGGCCUUGUUGUGGGACAUCAUACCAACAGAGCUAGUGAAAGAAGAGACUCAGGAAGAGUGAAACAGGCUGUGGCAAGAGGACAAGAAAAACACAAGAAAUAUAGGCUUGCAAGGAGACAAGCAAAAGCAAAAGAAGAGGAACUUAGAGUCAGAAGAGAAGGAACGACAUAUGAAGCGGGCGGUUUUAAUGACAUUGCUCCUCUCAGAGAACCCCAAAAGAAAAAAAAGGAAGAA